UGCUACCACUCGGCGGAGACUGCCAUGGCGAACCAGAAGCCCGAUGAUAGUGAUCCGCUCCUGAAUCCCCCAGCGACGGCGAGCAAUCGCGGCAGCAACGGCGGCGGCCGCACCCCCUGGGCGUCCCUGAUCGGCUUCGCCGGCCUCGCCGUUAACCUCGCGCUCUGCAUCUACCGCGCGGAAGGGGAUCGCGGCACGAUCGCCUUCGUGUCGUUCGCCUACCUCAACCUGCUGCUCCUCUUCUGGUGCAUCCGCCAGCUCGACCGCGCGCCGCCGCCGCACGGAUCGGCGGCGAGGGGCAGGAUCAGGGCCGCCGUCUGGAUCCUCGCCACGUCGCUGACCGCCGCCUUCACCUGGAAGGUGGCGGCGGUGAUGCCCCUCCCCGUCGCCGCCGUCGCCUGGCUCAUGGCCGCGGCCACCGUCGUCGGGGGGUUCUACGGCUUCUUCGUCCAUGAGGAGAAGUGAUCGAUCCAUCGAUUCAUCCAUCCAUCAUCGGGUAAUCAAAUCGCGUCAUACAAGAACACUGUAAGAUUUCAGGUGAGUUUAUCAGUAAUGACUGAUGAGAGUUGCUGAUCAUAAAUAAAUGAAGUGAAGUCUCUGUGCACAAGGUGAUGGUGCUAUCUGCACAUUACAAUAUCACAUAUUGUUUCUUAUACUCCA